UGGCAUCUUAAGGACUCUCGCUUCCAGCUGUCAUCGAAGAGUGUUCUCCUUCCUGUUUCAAAGAUCCACGACGUGCUACUGAUUUAGCAAACAUGUCGCGUGGUAACUUGUGCAUGUCCGUGCCGAUGCUUCCGUCGCUAGUCCUGCUCGCUUUCGCUGCUGUCAGUUGUUUGUUACCGACGGAAUGUCAAGGUUCGACGUUUUACUGCCGGGGGUUCAACGUAAGCAUCACCAGCCAGCCGAUCGAGUUCCGCGCUGCCCGAGAGGCCUGCAAAGAGCAACAGAUUGAUGUUCUCCGGAUGAGGGAUCAUCGUCGGCUGCUUAGGUCUGCCUGCUACACGGACCAGCUAUCCGGUCUUCAAAAGCAAGGAAUACGCCACGUAUGGGUAAAAGAAAAACACAACUCAAUGCGUGUUAUUGAUAUUGGGACCAAUGACACCAUUGUAGAGACCAAUCAAACAACGCACGCCUUCAUUUGUGCAAAAGAUUGGAAUGAAUGCAAAUUCACGGAUGCACCUUGCCCAGAGGGCACUGAAUGUGUUAACAGCAAGGGCAGUUACAAGUGCAUUCGAUAUGAGUGCCCUGAAAUGAGAGUGGAAAAUGGCAAUCUGCUUGCUACAUUUGUGGAUCUGUCGGCCACUGCCACAUGUGAUGAGGGUCACCACUCGACGAGGAAGGUACAAUGUACAGCGAACGGCUGGGAACGAACGGAGGGCUUGUGUUCUGAUCAUCUCCGGUGCUCGAAAACAAGUAUUGCUAAUGGUGUCAUACCUGCUGGACCAGCAGGCCGUACUGUGCUGCCCACAUGUGAUGAUGGGUACACACCUCGUGGAUAUCUAGCUUGCAAUGCUUUGUUGGGAUGGAGCCUUACCACGCCAGACUUCAAUAAUCCCUACGGAAUAGAGCAGCAGUGCAGGAAAUUGAACCGGUGCUUAGUAACGAAUGCCUAUUUCAAUGUACAAGCAGUCGGUUCAAACUCACGCAGCUCAACCUACACCGACCAUCUUGAAACCUGCUUAUCCGUUGGUCGCCGCCUGCCAAAAGCCUCCGAGGUUCCCUGUCUGAAGUCUGUCCUGAGGCAGUUGCUGAAUAAGUCCCCUCAGGCAGGGUAUCGCAAUGCCUUUUUAUUGGAGGAGAGAACUGCUUAUGUCCUGAACAUGACAGCUGCUGGAGCUAUUCGUGCGUCUUCACUAUCGCCAAUGCAGAAGAAUGAAGUCGUUCCCGGGGCUGUAUAUGCUGUAUGCAUGCAAGUCUGCAAGAAGACGGCUAAUGUUUAGACUACGGACAGUGGACAAGCGACUGAAUCAAGCCAAGUACUUGUCCAAAUACUUGGAAUAGGGCCAAUAUUAGUAUUGACCGGCAGUGCAGACAAGUUCAGUUUCAUAUGUGACAUUGUAAAUUGAAACGAAGGUUAUUUUCUACGCCAAGAGUAGCUCAUUCUCCACAUGUUCUUUGCGUCUCUAGCUCUGUUGCUUUUCAUUUGUUUUUAUUUGACAUUCUUAAAAAUAUGAACACGAGUUUUGUCUGAACUCUUAUCUUGAUCGGUUGUUUCUGUUUUUUGUUUUUGUUUUCUUUUGUUCUGUGUUUGAUCGGAUCAAUCCGACGUCCGCAUCUGAG